AUGUCUUCUCCUCCCACCUUCUCAUCCAUUGACCCGGUCCGAGGCCCUCCCCUAACCCAGCUGGAUCCGGUCGGAUCAAGGUCCUCGAAACAUAAGCCUUGGGGCGUACCGUCUCCUGCGCCCACAUGGUCGGACCAUACGGCCGGACCGAAUACCUCUCCUGCACAUAGCCCCAUGCAUCAAUUACUCACGCCUCCAGCAGAUCAGCGAACACCACAACUAGCUUCCUCAAGUUCCCUAGACCGUUACCUCUCAUCCGGCCGUUCUCCAGUAGCGGCUUCCUCAUCUUCUGCAUCGAUCACUGGCAGGCCAGCAGGCCGAUUUCAAACCCUAUCACCGCCUGUAUCUAGAUCUGCAUCUGGAUCUGCUGCCCACGCGAGCCGUUCUCAAGAUAACACCACGGGCGACUCAGAGCCCUUGUCCGCCCGCCCGGGCGUGUCCGCACACCGCCAUGGGAGCGGGAGCACGUCAACACGACCCGCUGGCUUCCCAUCGGUGCCCGAGCUGUCUGGCCCCUCCGCCCCUCUUGUCCUCCAAUCUCCAGCACGCGAGCCCCUCGUGUCUGUAUCCGAGUCGCCAUCACGCAGAAACGCAUACAGUAGUUCAGCGCCUGUCAAUCUUUCUCCCCCCCAGGCAGCCUGCCUAAGAUACCCGCUCUACCUGGAGCGCUCCGCCUCCCCGGUUCCGGUGCCGGCUCAGGUGCAGCUCCAGGACCCUGGCUCGGACAUUGACGAUCCCUCAGAAGCAGCUUCGGCUCACUCUUACCAGUCCAUGUUUCAGGUCCAGCUCACCGGCAGGAGCGGCAGCACAGGCGAGAGCUCCCGAAGUCAAAGGCACCCGUACACAAAGUAUAUUACUGAUGAUGAAGCAAUAGAACAGGCUAGGGGACAGAAGCGAAAACCCAGUUAUACCCACACCAUCUCAGACGAUCGACAUAACAAGAUGCGCCGAUCUGCUGAAGCACGACUCUCUGGAGGCAGUUUCCCAAACUACACCACCUCCCAAUCCCAAAUGCCAGUUCAAAAACGACCUGAUCCGAUGGCCAACAUGAUCACGAUCACUUGCUUUCAUCCCAUAGUGGCUCAGAAAUCGUACGGUGCGGAGAAACGUUAUUUCAGCCCACCACCUUUCGUGGCCAUCCGUGGGCCGUUGCAGAACGCGCCGUCUCAGGCACUCGAGAUGAACGUCAUCACGGGGCGUGAGAGCGGCGGGUCAGGAGACGUCGAGUCUACACAGACCCAGUUCUUGGAUGGAAACUUCAUCGCCACCUUCCGUACUCUGCACGUUGGUGGCAUGUCAAACCGGAAACGCUGCCAGCUCCGCCUCACCAUUUCGGACGCAUCAACAUCAGAUGUACCAGAGACGGUCGACGCACUCGCCAGCAGGCCGUUCAUGGCUCCACAGAAUCCUUUCUACCUGCUCCCGAUGAGCGUACCAACCGGUGCAAGGAAGUGGGCGACAUUCCUCUCCGCUCCUAUCGCGAUCCUCUCCAAGCCUGCGAAACACAUGAAAUCGCAUGAUCCAAGCAGCAUCACAUUCGGAAGUACGGUCAGCCUAUAUCACAGACUCAACUCGCAGACGGCGCGAACAAAGUACGUGCAUAUCAACUCCGCCCGGCGAAUGCUAGAAACGAGUGGUGCCAGCUGGACGCCACUAGUGGUGGAGAGAGUGGACACACCUGCAGGUCCGGGUCGACCUGGCGGACUCAGCCUUCCAUACACUGCCCCGAGCUUUGCGGAAGGCUUUGGCUCACUCCCAGAUCCUGACCCGUCUCUCCACACGCCCAGAAUCGCACCGCUUCCUCAGAUCCUGGAUGUUCGACGUCUUGAGGUGCUCGCUCCGGUGACGUUCAAUAGCACGAUCACCCUGUUUGACCCACAAACUGGUGUGCGAUCGCCGCCACUCAUUAUCAAAAAGGUGGUGAACGGGCACAUCAAACCGGAUGAACCUUCAUUCGGCGACCCCUUGGAUCCUCUCAACCAUCUCGGAGCUAGCUCUACGUUGAGGCCUCUCGAGCCUGUUGGCCAGCUGCAAAAGGUGGCGUUCAUGCGACCCCCGCAAACGUAUCCCCGCGGUCGUGUUGCAACAGGGACGGAGCCGAACAUGUACUGGGGAACACCUCCAGACAGCGAUGAAAUGAUGUUUGGCACUCCGAUACAAAGUGGUCGGCCAGCGAGAGCAUACAGGCCAAGAUCAAGGAGAUUGGCGGCUGCGAUGGAGUCUCAAUCUCAACCGGAGGAGCCUGAUGAAGGACUGGAAGAGCUGGAUGAUGCGGUGGUAUGGACCAUCGUCUCAGUCACGAACUUCAAGUAUAGCUACUUCGCGUCUGAUCCUGGCAGGGUGAUCCCUCCCGAAGUGGCCGCCGCUUCAGUGACCCCCUUCCCCGCUCUCCGUCAAGAGCCCUUCUAUCGGCCCCAGAUGCACGCGCUGCAACUUCUCGUAGACGACUUUGACCAGUCUCUGGAAAUCUGGGUGGGGUCAUUUGGCCCUCUACGGGUGUCCCUGCUGCGACAAGGCACCGAUCAACAAACGAGGAAAAUGUACGAUCCAAGAACCUGGUUCGAGGUGAAACGGCCUCCUGUGGAUCAGCCAGCCGCUGAAUUCGCCAUUGGCGGAGGCAGUCUGCCCGAACGGACCGCUUCUUCCGUCUCACCGACCGCGUCGCCUGACGCACAAGCCGGAUCAAGCAAGACCGGGCCAAAGCCACUGCGGGCUAAGAUUCCCCCGGCGCUGGAUGUCGCCAAGCCACAGACGGUGUUACAAGUUGACCUUCCGCCAAUUCUGCACCUUGUACGCUCAUGCUUCAGAAACGAGCCCGCAGGCAACGCCGUAACCGACUUGCCGAUCAUCUUUAUGCGCACUCUGGACGGGACUGGCUUCCACAGUGGAAAAUCGAUCGUGGUGGAGAACAUCUUGGGGGAACAUUGUAGUAGAAACGACGUUGCGGGAUGGACAGUGCGGGUCGUCUCGCGUUGAUGAAACGGCAGUAAAGAUAAACCGUUCAAUUGUACCAGUAGCUCUCCGUGCAUUUGUUUUUAUUGUCUCCGUGCUUACGAG